ACAUAAUAUAUAAAAUUAUAAAUGAGUCUUAAAUCUAAUAGAGAGAAUUAAAGCAGUUAUUUUCUAUUAUCUGUCUUACACAUAUCUGUCUUACACAUAUGGGAAAAGAAAAAGAUAUGACAAAUGAAUUAACAAUGAACGAUGAAUUAGAAGCUUUUAAACAGAUUUUAUUUAUUACAACUGGGUCAGUAGAACAACAUGAUGAUGAGAUACUUAAAAAAUUGUUAAAAACAGCUGAUAAAUAUGAUAUAGUAGCUUUAAAAUUAACGUGUGAACAUUAUUUGCUAUAAUGUUCUAAUUGCUAUAAUAAUCGUAACCGCAUUACGAUUAAAAAUGCAAUGAAACUUAUGCAGCUUGCAUUUUCAUGUAAUGCACAAUUUUUAAAAACACAUUCGAUAACUUUUAUUAAGUUUCAUAUAAAUGAAAUUGUGAAUGCUAAAGAAUUUCAAAAUCUACCACGAAAAAAUAUAAACAAGAUAAUAACAUUGUUAAACAAUGAAGAAAAAUAAAGUACUUGAAAUCAGUACUUGUCAAUACUUUUUGUUAUUUCUUAUAAUUAAUAAAAAACUUAUCUGGUUAACAACUCAUUUAAUAUUGCAGACUUAUAUAUAAAUUAAUGCACAGAACAUGGCAAAUUUUUAUUUUUUAAUUAGUAAAUAUAUUUUCUUCUUUUCCCCAAAUACAUCAUAAACGUUAAUUUUUAGAUAUAAAGAUGAAAAUAAGUAGAUAUUGAGAUCAAUUAUUACUAUUAUUAUUAUUAUGUAAUUGUAUUAGUAUAUAGUAAGUUACCAAUAAUGCUUGAUUUAUAAUUAUAUAUUUACAAAUAGAAUUAUUAAUCAUAUACAAUUUUAGGUAUAAUUUUUCUCAAGUCUGCAGGUUAAUGUACAACAAAAAGAAAUAAAAGAAUUCUUGCGAAUCUGCGUUAAUUCUAAAUGUUUCCUUUAUUUUUAUGGGUAUUACGUUUAAUUAAAAUUUUUUAAUUCUUUUUACAUCAUUCUGUGUAUGUAUUGCAAUGUAAAAAUUAUCAAUAACCGAGCAACUAUGGAAAAUAAAAUCCUCGAGAAUUUUCAAUUUUCUUUUUAACGAGUAAAUCUUAACUACCGAUUUUCUUAUCGCUUAAGCAUUUUUUGUGUAGUUUUAACCCUAAGUAAAUAAUGAAAUAAAUACAUUUUGAUAUUUAUUUCCUUAUCAGUUUAUUUAUCUGUAUUUUUAAUUCAUAGACAUAUGUGAUCAUCUAUACAAUCAUCACUUUAAAAGUUCUUUAUUUACAGGGUGACUUCGACCAAACUCGAUUAACUCUAAUUAGUUCAACCAGCAUAAUUGCUUGUUGCAUAUUUUCCAGGCAUAAUCCGUCCCUAAUCUAAUUUUUUUAUUAAACAACAGAAGAUUAAAUAUUCUUUUUAUGUGUCAAUGAGAGUAGAUCAAAGACAUAUUAAUAAAUUUAAUCACUGAUUAAGUUAAUCGGUAUUCGAUAAAAACCAUCCUUAUGUUCAUUACUAACAAAGUUAACUUUAAUUUCAGUUUAAUUAAGCUUUUUUAUCUUUUUCUUAGAAGAAAGAUAAAGCGUUAAACUAAGAUAAUUUAAGUUAAUCCAUAUUGAUAGAAAUAAAAAUCAAGAGACGCUCCGUAUUCAAAAUAGUUUAAAUUAUGACCAUGUUAGCAUGCUAUUAAGUUAUUUUUAUUUUUGUUUUAUGUAUAAUGAAUAAUAAAGAGAUAAGCGUUAUAAACGAGUUUUGAAACGGACCAAUGAAUGAUGCAAGAUAUAAUUCUUCCAUGUCAUACUGUAUUCAAAAUGCAACAAGUAUAUAUGUAUAUUUGUCUAUAAAGAAUAUAAAAAAGAAAAAAAACUAUAAGCAAUUUUUAUACGGAAUAUGUGUAUAAUAACUGCAAACCUCCCGAAAUCAUUGAAACCAAUCAAUGACGAAGUAAGUUCUUAAUUACUGUUGGUAUAUUUCAGAAUCAUUGAAAUGUUUUCAGAAUACAUCCUAGAGCGUUUUCAGAUAAACAAGUCAAUAACGUCUGUGACGAUCGUUUUUGAAUACUAUAUGUGACAAAAGAAAGCAUUGGUAACAACUGUUUAUUUAUACGUGAUCGCUAAGGCAAGGCCGCAACCUCGAUCAACAGCGUUCGUAGAUUACGGACCCGGUAGCAUACAUACGGUCGCAUGGGGAGAGGAUGAAGACUAAGGGCAAGGGCCAAUCAUAUUAAAGAAUAAAUAAGUGCCAGUAUAUGAUUGGUUCUUGCUCUUAGUUCUUUAUCCCUUCCCCGUACGCCAUAUGCUACCGGGGUCGAAAUCUGCGAUCGCUGCCUCGAUAUCUUAACGUUAUAUUACGUUACGCUGAAGAGUUAUUAGUUCGUGAACGUGAUAAGAGGAAAUUAAUUGCCACAACUGUACUGUAUUAUGCUAACCGUCAUCUAGAGAUUGCAGAAUAUCUCAUUGAAGCAUCUUGAAAAGAACUUAAAAAAUCUUAAGUUUAAGUUAUCAGUCAAGAUAUUAACGGAAAUCCAAGCACCUGUAAUGGCAGGGAAAGAAAUAUCUGACGAUAAAGAGAUUUUACCACAAAAGGAGCAAACAAUAUCUUCACUUUUGUUACCUUCGUAUAUCAAGAGUUAUUCUGAAACAAGCCUUGAGUCGACUACAAUUGAUUAUAGAUGGAGAAUUAACAAAUUUAAUCAUCUUUUUCAUGUCCUAGAUACAUUAAAAUCCCCAGCGUUUCCAGAAAAUGAUCAAUAUAUGAAUAUAUAUCUAAAUUUUACACAUAAACCUACACGUAUGUCCUUGGGAGGACCUUAUUGCUAUACUUUAAAAUUAUAUUUACUUACUACUAAACCAUUUGUUGGUAUAUGUACUACUGUUACGAGGUAUUCGGAUCAAAAAUUUUGUGAAAAAUCAAUUUCGGGUUAUAUAUCAAAUAUGACAGAGUUAUAUACAUGUCUGAAUUUAACAUUCAAACAUGAUAUAGAUUCAUUCCUAGUACGUUGUAAAUUUGAAAUUUUUCGUCAUCUGGAGAAUAAUGCUAGACAUAUAUGUAACUUACUACCAUCCUCAACAAUAUCAAAAGACAUAAAAUCUCUUGAAGACUCAACUUUUGAAGAUAAGUCUAAAGGUGAUAAAUCAAUUACAUUUAUACUAGGAACAGAGAGGUACAUUAUAUCAAAAAAAUUGUUAUGGACUACCAACAGUAACUAUUUUAAGAAUAUCUGUCUUACACAUGAAGCAAAAGAAAAAAAUAUGACAAAUGAAUUAAAAACAAAUGAGGAAAUAGAAGCUUUUAAACAAAUUUUAUCAUUUAUUAUAACUGGCUCACAAUCAAUAGAAUCAUAUAACUAUGACAAACUUAUAACAUUGUUAAAAAUAGUUGACAAAUAUGAUGUACUUACUUUAAAAUUAAUAUGUGAACAUUAUUUACUAGAAUAUAUUACAAUUGAAAAUGCUAUAAAACUUAUACAGCUUGCAUUUGUAUUUAAAACACCACUUUUAGAAACACAUUUAAUAAAUUUUAUUCAGUUUUAUAAAAAAAUAAUUAAUACUGAAGAAUUUCAAAAUUUACCUGAAGAAGAUGCAAAUAAGAUUAUAGAAUUAAUUAAAAAAAAUAAGAAAAGUGAAAUGUGUGAUAUUGUGACUCAUUUUGAGUCGUCGCCGCCUAAUUAAAUAAAUAAGAAAUUUACAUUAAUUAAUAUUCGAAAUAAAUAAAACAUAAUAAAGCUAUUUCUCUCAUUCAAUUAGUAAACAUAUUUUUUCCUUUUAAAAGUAUAUUCUAAUUUUUAAUUGUUACAUAUUUUAUAAUUAUACAAUACUUAUGUGUGUUAAUUAAUAUAUAUUGAAAAUAAUUCGUAAUUUUUUUUUACUUUAUAUAUAUAAAUAAAACUUAUUAAUUAUGUUUGACGUAGUUUAGCUAAACGUUUCUUAGAUUCAAAAGUUAAAAAAUAAAAGAAAAUAUAUUUAUACCUUAUUUUAUAAUUUUAACUCUUUUGUUAAAUAAAUAAAUAGUGUUUGCUAUUUCCAUUUGUAAUAUAUGCUAAGAUGCUUGUGAUUUAAAAUUGAUUGUUUCUCCAUGUUUAUUACAAUUAUAAGUUUUGUGAUAAUUAUAAUUAUUUUAUUGUGAUUAUUGUAAUUAUAUUAAUAAAGUACAUUUAAAUCAAAAUAAAGUAAAUAUAAUUAUAAUUUAAUUUAAAUAUUAUUAAAUAAAUAAAAAGUAAAUAAAUUUUUUAUCUAUAAUACAUAUCCUAAUUUAUUUUCCUACUACAGUUCAUGUGUUCCUAUUUCUAAUUGAAACAUAUGAUGCUUUUCAAAGUACUUUUAAAAAUAUUCGAUUUAAUAAAAGCACAUAUACAGUCCCUGAUCAUUUGUGAGUAAAAAAAAUUACAUGCAACUUAAUUAGACUUUUUAAAAAUUAUAUUUCUUCCUUUAUGUAAGAUGGCAAACGUGAAAAUAAGAAGUGUCACUAGAGAGAUUGCUAAGGUCGCGCAUUUUCCACCCUUGGCGGCCAAUUAUGCACGCCUUGAUGUAAUAAUAACCAUCCAUGCUGUGGAAAAUAAAGUGCUCGAUCGUGAAAAUUGAAUAUAUUGCACUUUUCUAAUGUUUACUUUCUAAUCUCUCUCUACAAACUUACAUCUUUAAUACAGAGGAAGGUAAAUAUUUUUGAAAAACCCUGAUAUUUUAAAUUUAAUAAGAUCCCUAUCAUAAAAUUAGAUUUCUGCAUACAAAGAAUUCCGCACUAAAAAUUUCAGAAUAUUACGGAAAUCUUAUUUAUUGCAAUUUUUUAAUUUUUAAAACCUUAUAAAAAACCUUAAAAAUUAAACUCAACUUAAAAAUUCAUUUAAACACAAUCUAUUUGAUAUAGAAACAAAGUACUAUUAGUAGUCACUUUUAAAAUUUUAUUCGCAAAAAAUCUUAUCACUGCCGCAUCCGUAAAUUAUUUGUAAGAUAUCCGAUAAAAUAUGAAUAAAUCUGAAUCCAUUUCGGAAGGCGAAUAACAUUGUUCUUCGGUGUAAACCUUUAUGAAAACUUUCCGGUGUUGUAUCGGGACUGGAAAAGAGAAUCAAUGUGUGAUAAGACCUUUCUAAAGUAUCAACUACCUGCAACGCUGCUUUAACGCUCCGACGGCGACGAUCUUAAUUAUCACACGGCGCCCCGAGUAACGAGGGUUGGCACGUGGUGACGUAAUGUACGAGAAGGGCCUAAAUAGCCGAGACCAUUGUUGUACAUACAACGCGUACAUCGGAUCUGUUGAGGCAUUAAUAGUCUCGCGUGACGUAAUUAACUCGCGGCCGACGAAUUUCCGGUAUUACGGGGUGACGUACGUUCAGAAGGAUGUCGUCAGGCUUAUGCUUGAUACCGGAAGUGGGUCGCGGCGGCAUAUCCGCGUUAAGCCUGAAGAUUCAGACGGGCGCAACCCUUUCUCGCAAAAGUUCGGCUCGGGAACCGUUGAUUAUAUACGCACAAUGCGCGCUUAACGCGCGUGUCGGUGACGUGUGAUGGAUAAGAUGUAUGUACGAUGUAUGGUGCGUUACUCAUAUGCGCGUUACUCGGAUAUUACGAGAGAAAAUCUCUUCUUCAGCUAUUGAAUAUAUCAAUCAUCUUUUUGAAUAAAAAAAAAA